AUGACUGCGUCGGCUGUUCAAAGCCACCUGCACCACACAGCUGCGAGCGACUGUUACGAUCCCGAUGACGUUCUCCCUCACGAUAGCCCCCAAAUGCAAGCUCACCGCCCCAGACUACAGCCCUCACCCAGUCCUCCGCCUGCUCUGAGCCCUAGCCGAAAGUCGUUCCACGGUCGUCGCAAGGUCGAGCCCAUUCAAGGCGAUGCCGUGUUAGUGGCUCAUCUCGGAAACGGCAGACAGCCAGACGUCGCCCAGGCCGCCGCUCUUGAACCCCUUGCCUCUGACAACGGAUCCGAAUCCGAGUCUUCUUCCCCAACCUCUCCUGAGCGCGAUAUGAACAAAUCGGCGGAACCUUUUGAUCUCAAGAUCCUCGCUGCCGGCGCCUUGGCUUUCACUUCACCUGGUGCUCCCGAGCCAUCUGUCCCAGUUACCAAUCCCACUGCUGGGGCACUCAAAAUCGAUCAGUCGCGCUCAGGAGAGAGACCCCGGGUUCAACAUGAGGCAUUGCCUUUAGGUCCUAGCAGUCGGGAAUUGCCCAUUCGCGAUGAUCGACCAAGUCAUGGCUUAGCUGCCCCAGCUGUCGUUUACUCUGCUGGGGACAAGUACACUUCUCGUCGUUCCGCGCCUAGUCUUGGCCAGGCCGAGGUCACGUCCCCGAUGAGCCCUCCACAGUCUGCUCCCAGUGGUCUUCCUCCACUUCUGGACUCUCCCAAGUCUGAUGGCAGCGGUCAUGGUCCAUUACCAUCUAUCAGAUCCCAGCUUGGGGACUUGCAGCGCCUGGCAGAUACUGCUAGAAGUCCUGAGCAUGAUCUGGGUUCUGCGCGACAUACGGCUUCAUAUCCCCGGUCGCCACCAACCAAUAUCCCCCGACUACCCUCACUCGCCGGGCUUCCAAUCGGCCACACAUCACCUCCAAUUUCGCCCAAUGAAGGCUUUCGUAGAGACCACCCAUCGCCUGCGCAUCCUCUAGCUGUUGUCAGCCCUUACUACUACGCGUCUUCAUCGAGCGGUGGCCAUCACAGACAAAGUACCGACUAUAGCAGCGGUACAGCAGAGACCCCGAGCACUGAUCAGACCGCUUCAACGCCCGCCACGUCUGUGGCGGAUCGAAUGAGCAUCGACGGUCUUACAAAUCCUCAGGCAGGUUAUGUCUGCACCUUCUCGGGAUGCAACGCGGCACCAUUCCAAACUCAGUACUUGCUCAACUCGCACGCGAAUGUUCACUCAUCUGCUCGACCACACUACUGCUCUGUCAAAGGCUGCCCUCGGAGUGAGGGUGGCAAAGGGUUCAAGAGAAAGAAUGAGAUGAUCAGGCAUGGGCUCGUUCACGAAUCUCCGGGAUAUGUAUGCCCUUUCUGUCCUGACCGAGAGCACAAGUAUCCUCGGCCAGAUAAUCUUCAGAGACAUGUCCGGGUACACCAUGUGGAUAAAGAUAAGGACGACCCUGCUUUGCGGGAUGUGUUGUCACAGAGACCAGAUGGGCCAAAUCGCGGCCGACGACGCAGAGGAGGACCUGUCUAA